UGGCUUCAGCAUAAUACAUAUGUAGCUGUUACUUGGCAACGUGUUCAAGACGCUGGAUCGCCUUGGAAUGCUAAACGUUAAUACCAAAUAACUGAUAAGCGCCCGUCCAAUCCCGAAAUACAACGAGUACAACGCACAUGCAUGCAUAAAUAAUACGAAGAAGAGACAACAACGCGAUAAACACAAAGGCACUCCGCCGUCAGUAGCACAAACAACAGCGAAAUGAUUUCUAAUGCGGGAUAAUGAAGCGAAAAACAAGUCAAGUUCGGUCGAUGCGCCCCGAAACCCCGCGAUAACUUUUUGAACAUCAAUACAAUCAUAUAUAUAUAUGUGUAUGUAUCUAUGCAUAUACAAGUGUACAAACAUAAAUGAAAUUGUUAACAAGAACGGAAUAAUACCAAUAAAAUGUCCGCAACAGCGGGAUUAUUAGUGGCCGCCAUCUCCAAAAUCUCUCCAACGCGAGACGCCACUUUGCCGACGUCACAGCAGAAACGUUCCAGCAUCAUCACUUUUGAUCCUAGCAGAGCACAGGUGAACGGCAUCACAGAGCUCAGCUGUCGUAUCAGUCGCAGCAGCUCUCAACAGAAUCUCGAAACAGAUAGUGGAAAGAGUUCGUGUAGCCCUGGGUUACUCGACUACAGCUACGAAAACGGUACAGGUGUGGGGGAUAACGGUGCUGCUCAUAGCGCCGCUAACGCAAGAGGCGGAUUAGCUGAAGGCACUUUGAGAGAGAAGCGAUUGUGUGCAACAAAUUCUAAUAGUGAAGCCGCCGCUUCCGACAGCAUGAGUACCGUUAGCUCCAUUGGUAUCGGCACUGGAAUUAGUUGCAACGCAGAAGAAGAAAUGCGUCAAAAACUGCGAUUCGAUCGCCUGCACAAAUUCCGCCUGAUUCUGCUAGCAUUAGAUCGACAGAGAGAUCCACAUCGACUGUUGCGAGAGCGUCUCAGGUGAGUAACAUUUUCUCUUAAUUGAUAUUUUCGUAU